AUGGUGCGAAAGCUGAAAUAUCAUGAAAAGAAAUUACUUAAGAAGGUCGACUUCAUUUCUUGGGAAGUGGACGAUAAUUUGAAAGAAGUUAAAGUAAUGAGGAGGUUCCAUAUUUUAAAGCGAGAAAAUUUCACAAAGUAUAAAGGUUUAUCGCGUGACAUCCGAGAACUGGCAAGGAAAAUCAAGGAACUUGAUCCGAAAGAUGGGUAUCGUGCAGAAGCAACAUCCAGAUUAUUAGAAAAAUUAUAUUGUCUUGGUUUCAUCUCAUCUAAACUCUCCCUGGAAUUGGCCAACAAAGUAUCUGCCUCAUCAUUCUGCAGGCGACGCCUUCCUGUGAUGAUGGUUCGAUGUCAGAUGGCCGAGAAUCUGAAAACUGCAACCAAAUUUGUUGAACAAGGACAUAUAAGAGUUGGUCCUGAAGUGAUCAAAGACCCCGCUUUUCUGUUAACAAGAAACAUGGAAGAUUUUCUCACGUGGACAGACACAUCGAAAAUAAGAAAACAAGUAUUGGAGUAUAACAAUUUGAGAGAUGAUUUUGACACAAUGUGAAAUAAUAAUUUGUGAAUAACAUGAAACCAGAAAUAAAUCUAUUGUAUGUUUUUUUAAAUUCUUGUUUUAUUUACUUAUUUAUAUUCCUUUCAACUUUUUCCCUGUUUGGUUGAAACAAUUUGAAAACAAACUUGCGAAUGACAAAAUGAAUUUAUUAAAGAUUUCUCUUUUUUUUUUUUCCUUUUUACAUGAAAAUUUGAAAUGUAUCCUGAAGCCAAAACAAAAAAUUUUUAAAGCAGGAAUGUAUUUAUGCUCCCGUUUUAUCUUCUAUACACAUCUGUAGUACACGUUGUUUUGAGUGAAUUUCACAACAAACCCAGCUUGAAGAAAAUAAAUCCCGUUUAGGAAACACAACCUGCCUCUUAAACAAAACAGAACCAUAUUACUUGCUGCUAUGAUGAAAAGUGUUGCCUUCGCCCCUCACUAGGGGGUAGGGAGGGCCAACAGUUCAGGGGUCAGCAAAAAUGGGCAGAUCACACUUGUGUUUGUGUAAUAUAAAACAUUUUUAAAGUUUAAUCUAGCACCCACCCCCAAUCUUGAACUAAAAGGGUUUCAUAUAAAUAUAUUUCAAUUGGUUUUUUUCUCUUCUACAAGUUGAAAAAAAGAUUUACAGAGCAACAGACUAAAAAUGGGAAAUGUCUAAAGACAUCUCAAUGCUUUCUCGUGGCAUCCUUGCCCCCCAAACCCCCACCCAUUAAAAGAAGCAUAAUAUUGACCCAUUUUGCAUUCAGAUCACUGUCACUGCAUAUUUUAUUUGCAUUGAUUUGAAUCAAUCAUGCAAUAUCUCGUAGCCUUGAGAUUUUGAUGCAAUGGUUUAUGUUUAGAAUGAUGUUUUAAGGGCCAGAUCUAGCCAGAAUAUUUGUACUGGAUAUGGCUGGCUAAAGGAACACGGCAGUAACUUCAUAUCUAUCAAACAAACAUUUCGGGUUGAUUGGGAAAUUAACCACCCAACAGCUUUAGUUUGUUUGACUCGAAAUCAGUUUUAAAAUUGAAUUUACACAUGGAGAUUUUUCUGAAAUAAUCAUUGGAUUCAGUAAGUCCAAACUACCCCCAUAUCUGCUUCUCCCCCACCCCCUCCUCUCUACACCCUGAUAAUAUUAAUAUUAAUUUUUUUAGUGGAAAAUUGUUCAAAAACAGAAAAAGAGCUGAAUAAAAGUUUCUCUCAUCAGCAACCAUCAGCACCACAGAAGAUGGAUUGCAAACGUGUACUGAAGAUAAACAAUAAUAUUUUAGAUUAAAGACAACAAACAGGAGCAAAAGUAGUGUAAUUCCUGUCAGAGCAGCAGUAAAAAA